UAAACACAGUUUAUAAGGGCACAGCAUUGGGGAACAAGUAAUCUAGUUAAUCUAAUAUAUCCCACCCACUAACAGAUGCUAUGAUGAAGCUAUAAUCAGCUGUCAUACUCUUAUCCCAGAUUGGUGUAUGGUUCACUUUAUGUGUAUUCAUCACUCGUCAUCAUUCCUUAGAAGGCUGACAAAUGUUUUCUUUUUUACUAAGGUUAAAGUUGACAGUCUCCCCUCAUUUUUUACACAUUAGGCCACUCUUUUUCUAAUAAUCGUCUCUCAAAUGGCAGACUUGUAAUGCUUGUGUAAAAGUGUAAUACAAAUAUAAUCAUCUAAAAGAGGAUGAGAAUUUCAUUUAUUCACAUCUGCUUUGACAUCCAUAUUUUAGCUAUAGCCAAUGAUUGAACAAAAAUAAAAAAAAAAAACCAAACAAACUGCAACAAUCAAUGUUGAUUUUCUGUGAAACUCACAUUGAAAUUACACUUAAAGUGUGUCAGAUAAAAAUGAUGUUCACACAUCCAGCAUUAACUUAAAAGAAGUGCCAUAACAAAAUGAUAAACCCACCGCCUAUGUUAAGGUGGAACUGACACUUUUCUAAAAGUAAACUUAAAACUAAAAAACCACAGGGUAAGAAAACAGAACUGGGUUUUGUUGUUGACUGUGUGAUAAGAUUCUUAAGUACUCAAUAUUAUCCCUUUCCUGUAAGCUGUCCCUCCUGUUAGGGAGGGAAUUAUGGAAAUUAUGACAAGUACAACAUGUUGUCACAUAUUCCUUAAAGGGUUGUGCAAGAAUUUUAGUAUCUGUUCAAUUUAACUAUAAGAGGAAAUGAAUCCUGCUUUUACGGCACUUAUUUUGCUCUUGAUGCCGAAAUCACUUCGAGCACAUCAAAUUGCAGCAUGAACCACUCAGUUGAGUUGUCUCCUUCAGAGGAGUUUGAUGGCAGCACAGCAGUGGCGUGUGUGAUCCUCGGUUUGUCCUUCCUGAUUGGAGCUCCUGGGAACCUGCUGGUGAUCUGGACCAUCCUGAGACAUGUCAAGCAGCGCUCCCAUACUGUGGUGAUCAUUCUGCACUUGGCUGUUGCGGACCUGCUGGUUUUCAUCACCCUGCCUCUAUGGAUCUACUCUCUGGCUCACACUUGGGUGUUUGGAGCGGUAUUGUGCAAGACCUUAGUGUACACUGUGACUGUGUGCAUGUUCAGCAGCAUCUUCUUGAUCACUGUUAUGAGCGUGGAGCGCUUUCUUGCCAUCUGUCAUCCAUUUCUGAUGAUGCGCUGGAAGACAAAAAGCAAUAUAAAAAUAUGUCUUGUACUUUUGUGGCUUCUUGCUUUCCUUCUAGGAGUGCCUGCCUUAACACAGAAUCUGGAAGAAACUGAUGGAAAUGUGCAAUGUUUCACCAGGGAAUUACACUCUGACACCAACACAAUUAUCGUCCUUUGCCUAGAAACCUUGUUGGGCUUUAUAGUUCCUUUCAUUGUUCUUAGUAUCUGCUACUGUCUAGUAGCUGCAGAGAUCAAGAAGAUGAGUUUCAAUUCAAAAGAGAAAUCCAUGGUUCUCAUCCAUGUUGUAGUGAUUGCUUUCACAGUGUGCUGGUUGCCUUACCACGUUAUCAACAUUGUUGAUCUGAUUUGUAUCUUAAGCUGGCCAGACACUGACGACAACUGUGUAUCAAAGCCUAUCAUCUUCAUAGCUGGUGCCCUGGUUUUCAUCAGUAGUUCAGUAAAUCCUGUGUUAUAUACCUUAUUUGCAAAGAACCUACAAGGGAGUCUGGAAGAGUCCCGACUAGUGAGGCUAUUUAAGGAAAUAGCCACUAACACAAACAAAGUGAGGGAGCUGGCAGUGCAACAGCAGACAGACCAGAGGGCAGCAAGUACAAAAGAAGAGCUGCUAUCUGACUGUGUGUGAAAGACUGUGAUGAUGGUAAAAUGUGACACUUGUCAUUUACUAUUAAUUAUGAAGGAUUAAAUGAAAAUGUACUCAUAUUAUUGCCAUGUGUUGUACUCCUCCAUUGUUUUUUAUGUAUAUAUAUUUUUUUAAUUCACGUAAUGCAGUCAAAAUACAUAACUUUGAACUUGUGUUUUGAGAAAUGUCUGUGAUAAUUUUUUUUUUUUUGAACAUUUGAUAUUGUCCACUAUUGUGUAAGGUGUUCUGUUUGUUAUCCUACCUGAAAAAAUAAAAACAGUGCUACUGAUAACUGCUCCAAAUGUCAUUUUGACUGCUGUGACUACUGUAUCGUUCUAUCAAACUUAAAUGUAAUGCACAAUUUCUUCACUAUUUCUGCCAAAUACUGAAACAAAACCAUUAAUUCCGGUCAACCAUACGUAUAGUCUUUUGAAAAAGUCUAAUGUCUGAACAUGUU